CAGCGGCCCACACUGAUCAUCCUCAGUCCCGAUCGCAGAUCCGACGCUGUACAACCAACUCAUCAUGACUGGACUCCGUGCCUGCAUCCUCCUGGCUCUUGCCUGCGCCGCCUAUGGUGGCUACGUCGUGCCGACAUACGGCGGUCUCGGCUACCACUAUGGCGGCUAUGCCCCGUACAGCGUCUACGGCACCUACGCCCCGACGUACGGCGUGUACCGUGCACCCGUCUACCGUGCCCCCGUGUACCACACCGUGCCAGCUCCGGUCAAGUACGUCGUGCAGACUCCCACGGUGGAGGCCAAGGUGACCGACACCUACGAGACCCAGCCUGCCGUGCCGGUGUCCGUGUCCAAGACCUACACCACCACGCCCGUGCACACCACAGUGGCCGUUCCCGCCGCCACCAAGGUGGUGACCUACCCAACAUACAACCCGACCUACUACGGCUACGGAGUGUCCCCAUACGGUCUGAGCUACGGCUACGGAGUCGGAGGCUACCACUACGUUCCAGUCCUCAAGAAGUAAACCCUCUUCGAGGAACGAUGGCCAUCACGCAUUCCUGACCAAGCCUUCCGUCCCCGGCAACGUCCAUUCGGAAAUGACAGCUGCAUCUCCGCACGGCAUUCCAGCACCACACCCGUCGUCAUUCGUCCGUCCAGAGCUCACCCACGAACCAUCGAAUCUACAUUGUUUUUGCCCGCAAAACUUCAAGAACUAAGCAAUAAAAUACUACUUCGUUCGCAACAACAAA